CUGCAAUGGCGGAGACAAUGAAGCUGAGUGGACAUCAUGCUCGUCGUCCUAAUGAAUCCAGCGACAUGUCCAGCUACAGGGACUGCAUGUGUGUGAUACUGAAACUUCUAGCAGACUUCGGGAGAGAGCUGAAAUUAAAUGAUGCUGCUCUGAGAAUAGAAGUCAACACUGACGCUGUGGAUCUUCCAUCACCUUCCGUUGCUCACAUGUCUGCAUGUUUGCAGGAGCAUAUUACUAAAUUACAGGCUGUUUCAGAAAGCUUAAAUGCACUGGUGGAUGCUGAUGGUGAUGCAACAGACAACACAACAGAUGAUGCUGUCACUUCAUUGUCACUCAAAGAGCAGACAACAGCACUGUCUGAGCACCAUCCUCCUAGCUCCGAGGCUGCGGAAAGCAAGACGGUGGCUGAUGACGUCAUGGUUCAGAUCAGAGCCAGGAAGUCAGAGAUUGAGCGAAGAAUAUCUGCAUUUAUGGAACGCAAGCAGAUGGAGAUCAAUGAAAACAAUGUGCGCGAGUUUUGCAACGUGAUCGACUGCAAUCAGGAAAACAGCUGUGCUAGAACAGAUGCGGUUUUCACUCCUUAUCCUGGUUUUAAAAGCCAUGUGAAAGUUACGCGGGUGGUAAACACUUACGGGCCCCAGACUCGUGGUGGGGGAGGUCAAGGAGACGCUGGUGAGCAGCCGAGGGGGUUGACGGCGAGAGACUGCGGAAAUGCAGCCAUAGAAGAACGAAUUCACAACAUUGAGACUCACCUAAAACUCCCAUCAGUGGGUCCAGUUCCAUUGAGUGUCUACCAGAGACUAAAGAAGCUGGAGGAUCGUAUCCUGGAGUUGGAGGGACUCUCACCUGAGUACUUUCAGUCCACGAGUCACCUGCACAAGCGACCAAAGACAUCCCCUGCACAGGCCUGCAGUCUGACAGAGCUGGAUGAGAAGAUCAGUGCAGUGAAAGCGGCACUGCUGAAGAGGGUGAAUGAAUUUGGGCCUGGAUAUGGGACAGAGUGCCCGCUGUAACACACCCACAAACCCAUGCUGCAGCACACAGUCUGUUAAUGCAUUCAACACGGCCAUUACAGACAAGAAAACCUUUCCUCUGAAUAGUUUUGUAGUUAACUGAGAUGUAAGUCCUCUGUAAAUAAAGGUAUUUUUUUCCUUCA